UAUAUUAGAAAAGCAGGCUAUGCUGGUUAUUUGCAUACAUUUGAAGAUUAAAGAAUAAUGGGUUGUUACAGAGUUCAGCUUGUGGCAAUAAUCUCGUUCAUGCUUUUGCUUUCAAAUACCCACGGUUGGGGAGAUGAUGGGCAUGCCAUUGUUUGUAAGAUAGCUCAGGCUCGCCUCAGCACUGCAGCUGCAAAGGCUGUGAAGAAAUUGUUGCCCAAAUCUGCCAAUAAUGACUUGGCGAGCAAGUGCUCUUGGGCAGAUAGUCUGAGGGUUGUCUUCCCUUGGUCUUCUGCUUUGCACUUUGCUAAUACUCCUGACUCCGUUUGCAAUUACAAGGACACAAGGGAUUGUGUAGAUAAAAAAACUGGAAUUAAGGGACGAUGCGUUGUGGCAGCAAUUACCAAUUACACCAACCAGCUCCUCGAGUAUGGCAGUGACACUAAAUCCAAAUAUAAUCUCACUCAAUCACUUCUAUUCCUUUCACAUUUUUUGGGAGACGUCCAUCAGCCCCUACAUUGUGGCUUUUUCUCAGACAAGGGUGGCAAUGAAAUCAAUGUUCGCUGGUACAGAAGAAAGCAAAAUCUUCACCACGUUUGGGAUGCAAGCAUAAUUGAGACUGAAGUUGAAAGAUUCUAUGAUGACAUAGAAGACUUCGUUGAUGCAAUUCAAAGGAAUAUUACGAAAGUGUGGGCCGAUGAAGUGGAAGAAUGGGAGAGUUGCAGUAACGAUGACAUAUCAUGCCCAACUAUAUAUGCAACCGAAAGUGCCAAAGAUGCCUGUAAAUGGGCGUAUAAAGAUGCCACUGAAGGUUCAGUACUCGAGGAUGAAUACUUCUUGUCUCGUUACCCGAUAGUCAAUUUGCGGUUAGCUCAAGGAGGAGUUCGAUUGGCUGCAACUCUUAAUCGUAUUUUUGACACACAGUUUGCAGUGUCAAUGUAAUUUAUUGAAAGAGAGAAUAUGUCAACAAUUUCCAUGUUAUUAAAAGAAUAAAGUGUCAACUAAUUUGUAGCUCAAUUUCAACUCCUAGAAGUCAUUGGGAGGGGACAUGUGAUGAGGAAUUUUACAUCAUAUAUUAGAGAUCAGAGAUCCAUGUUUUUCAUUAUUAAUGCAUUAUUGUACCAAAUAGGAGUGAUCCUGCAUUGAGUUCUCGUGCAUACACAAAUUGUAACAUCCGUAAAACCAUUUCGCUCUCUAGAAGCAAUAUGAUAUGCAGCAGUCCUCUUAGCAGGUUGAA